AUGGCUCCACCAUCAUUGGAUCUUCCACCUCAACCUAUUGAGAUUGAUCUGAGUAAUUCAUGGACCCUUCCACACCCGGCUUUCCCUUCAAUUACUUGGGAACCAACGCUACCUCCCCAUGGAUUUUCUGAUUUGAACUCCCCAUAUGAACCAAUUUCCAGGAUCCAACAACUGCCAGUGGAUCGGACGACAAGCCAGGCCCCAUUACUCCAAUGGUAUGCUGAUAAUGAUGGACCUUGGUAUCCUAAGACUAUUUCAGAUCCUGUCCAGGACGAGAGAGCAAGUAUCAAGGUUCGUUCAAAUAAUCGAGCACCCGUUGCUUUUGCUGGACCAUGUCGUGAACAAGAUCAUUUGGGAAAUGGAUCCUUUCAUUUCGGCGCUCCACCACAUUCAGAUUCCGGAUAUGGAACCAGAAAAAGUGUUGGAAAUGCUUCAGUCUUUAGCACUGAUGUGAGUGAUCGCGAUCAAGACUGCCAAAGCUUAGCAGGUCAUGUUGCAGAUUAUCAACAAUUUCCAGGAUUAAAUGAAGCAUUGCAAUCCCGUGAGAAUAGGACAAGCGAACCAUGGCCAUUACAUCUACUGGCGUCAACCAACUCUCCAGGUCUAUUUUGUUCAACAUGUCAAAAAUCCGUCAAAACGAAAUCAGAGUUAAAGAAGCAUGAUUUACGACAUAAAAAGCCUUUUGUCUGCAAGUAUCCAGGUUGCACAAGGACCGAAGGAUUUAGCACAACCAACGAUCUAGAUCGACACACCAAGAGCAAACACCCUUUAGCUACGACAACGAGGGCGGAAUCAAUGAAGAAAUACCACUGUGUCGUAUCCGGAUGUAAGUCCAAGGACAAAGUUUGGCCCCGACUCGACAACUUUCGGAGCCAUAUAAAACGAGUUCAUUCCAAUUACAUCGAAUCGGAACAGAGUUUUGAGAAAAUUAUACAAGAGGGAGAAUUUUACGAACAGUCAGGUUUGACUCGAGAUGCCCCGCUUCCCGCAGAAGUGUCUACCCAAAGUACCUCGCACAACAGGGAAAUUAAUGAAAGUUUACCCAGAGCCCAGGAUAAUAAAUCCAAUUGCAAGCCCACCUGUCCAGAAUUGAUCCGGAAUCUGGUUGCCCCAAUGGAUACCACAAUUGACAAACCUUUCGUCCCGGAUGCCAAUGACAGGAGCACUACCAUAUUUGGACCGAACAAUCCUACCUCGGAUCCACAUACCAGAGAUACCAUUCAACCAUCUGAAUUACAUCGUCAUCCAAUUGGAUUUAUCACCAAGAUCCCAGUGGAAAGUGUUCUAUCAACCCCAGUGGGUACGAAGAGUGCAUUGGAUGUUAACCUUGAUCAUGUAAGCCGUCCAUCGGUGGAGAGAAAUCCAUUGCCAUCUGCAGCUAAGGUGCCUCACCUUAGUAGCGUCUCAGCCACAGAUGCAGCCAUUACCGAAGUAAUUAGAUCUGCGUUGGCUGAGACGAAAAAUGCAUCUAACGUUGGUGCAUUAUCGAUGGGACGGAAAGUUUUGCCUAAUGAAAAAUCUUCUUCCGAUGAUGCCUCGGGAUCCACAGCAGAUAAAGCUGCAUGCUCAAUAGAUGACCUUGAAAAGUUCAUAUCUUCAACAAAGUAUGAUUCUGUGGCCCAGGAAAAAGCGGUCGAAGUUUUCAAAACCCUUCAGAAGUUUGGUUACAUUAUUCAAAAGGAUCCAAAUCAUACUCGAAAACAAAAUAUUGGAUCCGUUGCUAGUAAUAAAAGUGACAAGCAAGUUAUCUGUCAGGUUUGUGAAAAGUUCAAAGGACGACCUUGCGAGUUAAAAAAACAUAUGAAACGGCACGAGAGGCCAUAUGGCUGCACUUUCUUAACCUGCAAUAAAACAUUUGGAAGUAAAAAUGAUUGGAAACGGCACGAGAACUCACAACACUUCCAACUCGAAAGUUGGCGCUGUGAUAAGGAGAAACCCGAAGGAGGCGUAUGUGCCAAAGUCUCUUAUCGCCGUCAAACGUUCCAAGAUCAUCUGAAAAAAGAUCAUGGUAUGGUUGAUCAAGAUGCUGUCAGGAUAAAGGUCGAAGCUUGUCGUAUCGGUCGGAACUGCCAGUCUCGUUUCUGGUGCGGUUUUUGUGAGAAGCUCAUUAAUCUUAAGAGGAAAGGUCUUGAUGCAUGGACAGAAAGGUUUGACCAUAUAGAUGACCACUUCGUGGGACGUAGGGAUAUGCAAAAACAAGGCAUCCAGGAUUGGAUACCAGUUGAUGGCGAUAAACCUAAAGGUGAUGCUGCCAGUCCAAAUUCUUUAGGUGAGUCUUCACCAAAAGACUUUCGUGAGGAACCUUCCCCCAAUUCUAUCAACGAUUCUGGUAGAAGUUCACCCGAGCCUGUGGGUAUCACCAGAGCUUCACCCGCUUUGGUAGGACAAGAAUCUACGCUCUCGAAGAAACGAGAAUGCAGCGAUGAUGGAAAUGAUAGACCUACAAAGUAUACGAAGAUUAUGGAGAUUGUUUACUGUUGUCAGUGUUCGGAUGAUCCAGGACGUACUCUUACUCUCAGCCCAAGAUGUACCUCCUGCAAUCAUCAUAACUGUAAUGAUUGCAAACGAUAUUUAAUUGACAACUGA